UGCAUAUUUCAACAUUCCUUAAAUGUAUUAAUGUGUAAAUGCUUCAGAGAUAAUAACUUAAACAUCUUUGACAACUAAACGUCUACACAUAUUCAAGUGAGGACCAAAUGGGGCAGUACUGACAAGUCUUUUAUUAUUAUUAUUAUUAUUAUUAUUAUUAUACAAAACAAACACACAGUUUACAGAACAGAAAGAAAGAUAAUAUUCACCGUCAAUGGGACUAUUAACAAAAGUAAAGAAAGUGCCAAAAUGACUUAUACACAGAAAAGCAUAAAAAAGGAAAAUGGGAGUUAAAAACUUAACUUAAAAAAAAAAAAAAUUAAGAAUAAUAAACCAUAUCAAGAACUAACUAACUAACUAACUAACUAACUAACUAACAGAGGCAGCAGCACUGGCAAUGCUUAAAGGACAAAACUAGGAACUGUUUUUUUUAUUUUAUUUUUAUUUUAUUUUUAUUUUUAUUUUUUUUGGAGGAAACUUUUAUUUUGAAAUCUGUAACAGAUCUUUAAUUCACGUCGUUGUUUCCAACAUCACAGCUCUGUCAACUUUUGUUUUAGGUAACAACCGCCGCUGUGAAAUAAGUGAAUCUACAGCUGAGAUUAACUUGCUUAUUUCAAUAUUUAUUAUAAAUACUUCAAAACAGAUUGCAUACUUUAGACAAAAACUUUAGAAACCUCUCCAAACUGUUGCCUUUAAAUAUCACCUCCGGCGGGAAAUUUAAAGCACAAACAGGACUGAAACAUGUCAAAGUGAUUGACGGGUGUCACGGCGGAUAUCUGAUGAAAACUUCAAAAUAAUCAAUCAUGUUGACUUCAUCUUUACGGUAAGACUAUUAAAUAUACUUGAAAAUGAUCGGAGACAGUGACAACUAACUUCUGGACCCGUUCACUGUUAUUAUUACCUACUGUUUAUUCAUGUAAAAGGCUGACAUGACUAAAAAAAGGACCAGAAGAUCUUAUUGGAGUGUCUCAUAACUGAUAUAAGAGUGACAAUGGACUCUUGUGUGUCUUUGACCAAUACAACACACUUAAACGACUCCAUGUCCAGUUCUGAUGCUGCAGAUGUGUUGAUUCGCUCAACCAGAGCUGCUUUGGAUCACAGCAGAGUGGAAACACAGCACAAAGGGGAUAAUAAAGUUAAUAUUUACAUCAGGAGACUGGCAGACUCUGUGCACGUAUCUUCUGUGAAUAACAGUGAAUGUACAGAGGAGAUCCCACUUCUGCCAAUGAAUCCUUCAGCUUCAGAUACAGGUGCUGACGGACAACAGACCGCUGGACCAUCAAAUCAUAUUGCUGAUGUUAUAGAAAAAGGCCAAAUAGCUAUCAUGCAGGCAAAGAAAAACUCUAAAUCAAAAGGUGAAGACGUGCAGAUUUCUAGAUACUCUUCUGAUGGGAGAGGAGCAGUUUCGGCAGCCCUUAAGAAGAGAUCCCAGAGCGCCACUUUAAGACGAAACGUGACAGUACACGUGUUGGAUCAAGACAGACCCCAAACCCCUAAAGGCCAGUCGGAUCCUGGUAUUCCGUCAGGAGAUUCUGGAACUUCUGCAAAUGUGGCUGCCAUAACAGCCGCUACUAUUGCUGCCACAGCCCCACUUAUCAAGGCUCAGAGUGAUAUGGAAUCGCAGAUUGUUCGGGUAACUGCCGAACUGAAGAGGCUUCAGGCCAUAGAGGCCAGUGUCCAGCAAGGGAGAGCUGGCAGUACUCUGGAAGGUUCUGCAGAAAGAGCAGCCCAUCUGGAAGAGCAGCUGAAUGUUCUGAUCCAGCAGAGACUGCAACACCUGGAGACAAUCCAAUGUCAGCAGAUCCAACUGCAGAAUCGUCUUUUGGGAUCUGCUCUGGACCUUGUAACAGCUCGUGCUAAUACAAACACACAAACUACCACAGAAAGUUCUGGAAUCACCCAGACAGACACUCUGCCUGUUCUCAUCUCAGGGAGAUGCAGUGUUAGAAUCCCUGCCACUGAUAAACCCUCUGCUGAAAAUCAAGCAACAGUGUCAAAGGAUGUACACAGAGAAAGGCGAACAGGGGGUCAUAUAAGUCCCCUGGAGACCCCAGCGCCUCGAAAGGUCAUUCCUAAACCCACCUACUGGACAUCAUCAACCAAAAACAUAAAAUCCCAGAAAACCUCCAUCAAAAACCAAGGAGAUGGCAGACUUCAGGACCAGACCACUAAUAACCAGAGGUCUCCCGAGAGAUGUUCCGUGCAGUCUGUUGGGGUAAAGAGGUUUGCCAUGGCAACAGUAGACAACGGCCAACAAGAUCAGUCCAGGGACAGGCAGACAUCACCUAAUGCAUCAGUUACUCAAACUGGAAUUGGUGAACCUGCAGAACCAUCAUUCAUGAAGCCAUACAGCCAACAAGAGAACAAUGAAGAACAGAUGUAUUCACCAUCUUCCAGCUCAGCAGUACAAAGAGCCAACGAGAUGCUGCAGGAUCUGGGGCGACUCAAAGAUGAGAUGAGGAGUCUACUGCAGACCGCUGAUGCGUUUUCUGUUCAGAAUGCCAAGUCGACCCUGAACAGCAGGAGCAGCUAUCUCGCCCCCUCCACCACGGCCCCACCUCCUUCCACAACCCCCAUUUCCAUGCCCGCAGAGCCGGUUGAUGCGGUUGCCGUCAGGGCUGUUCCUUUAAACAGACCGAGCAUUCUGAAGAGCAUCCAGCCGCCAACAUCCAUGUUUGAGGAUGCAGGACUGGUCCUGAGGCAGGUCAGACAGAGCAGGAAGGUUUUAGAAGAAAACUUGGAGGCCGUUUUGAGAGCUGAAGGUGGAGAGGUGCUUCAUAGCCAGUUAGAGGCACUGUCGAAAAACAGAGAUGUCACUGAUGAACUGAGGAUAAAGAAGACAGUUAAUGCCUGGAUCAAUACACUGAGCAAGGAGAUACAGGAUGACCUGGUGAGGGAGAGCUCUGUUUCAGAGAAGAGGAUUAUGGAGAGGAGCGAUGCUGCAGUCUCUAAAGUAGUGCAUGAGGGCCAGGGGAGCAGGAGUGGGUGCGGGGCUGGUCCGAGAGGGGGAGGAAGAGGAGUAGGAGGAAGAGGGAGAGGCAAUGGCUCUGCAGCAGGGAGAAAAUCCUCUGUGAGAGGCUCUGUAAGAGCACAGGCAGAGAAUACGCAACCACAUGGCAAACCACACACUCUGUCUGUCAGAACCAAACCUGCACCGAGCCAAGAGACGGCUCAGCCAGUGGUGCUAAAAGCUCAGAAUGAUCAGGAGUAUCUGGCCAAGCUGUACGGAAAAGCUCUUUAUGAGGGGCAUCGCCGAACACUGAAGAAAGGCCCUUACCUUCGAUUCAACUCCCCCUUGCCAAAAUCCAAAAUUCAACGACCCAAAGUAAUAGAGACUGUCAAAGGGGUUAAGAUGAAGUCUUUUAAAACACAGACUAGUCAGUUUGUGGAUGGUGCUUCUGCCCUACAGUCUUCAGUCUCUGAGCCCCAUAUCCUGUUCAUCCCCAGUGACCCGGACCAGCAACAGCAGCCUGGUUCUUCAGUGCAGGACUACCUCAUUCCCAUGGCUAUCCCUUUAGGCAAGCCCAGAGUGGACAGCCAGGCCCUGUUGCCUUCACGGUUCAUCAUUGGCAACAAAGCCCCAACUGUAACAACCUCCUUCCCUCCUAUCACUGUCCCUGAACCCAAAACCUUUCCUGCAACUCGGAAGCCCAACACCAUAUUACUGGAGGUCCAGUCAGAACCAAAGAGACGGUCCCCACAGCUUGAAAUACUGGUCCAGCCGGGUGUGAACAUUGAGAGUGCUCUAUGCAGCCGACGCGCUUCGUCACAGCCAUUGAUUCCGGCCGAUACCAUCCUUCCUCCUCCCACGAUUCAUGCCGCUGAGGAUCCACAUACUUAUGAAGAUCAGGAUGAAAAUGGCUUUCCUGGAACCAGUUUCUUGACACUAACCGACAUCAGCCAGAAAACACACGUUGGAGUUCCAGACUCUCCUAUUGAGCUGAACGGGCUGCCCUCCCCUCCAGCUGCUCUGUAUCACGGUCCAGCAUUUCCUCCACAGCCUUCCCAGUCCACACCGCUCACAGAGGCCAUCCUGAACACCAUCCAGCAGAGAGAAACCCUGGAGAACAGGCUGGUGGAUUGGGUGGAGCAACAGCUCAUGGCCAGAAUGAUCACUGGAAUGUUUCCUCAGCCUGCCCAGGCUGACCCAGCCAGCCAAUCAGAGCCAGAGGAAAGUGUAACAUCAAACAUAGUGGAGACCGCAGGUGGAGUUGGUCUGCAGUUGUUUGUGGAUGCAGGGGUACCAGUGGACUCUGAGCUCAUAAGACAGUGUGUGAAUGAGGUACUGGCUGAAACUAUUGCUGUCAUGCUGGGACAGAGAGAGACACAGAGAGCGCCCACUGUCCUUGCCCAAACACAAGAAAAUCCCACUCAGGAGCAGGUAACUAUGGUACCGACACCAGUACCCACUCCUGAUCCCAGCUUAAAAGAGCCACUGUCUCUUGUCAGAACCCCCGAUAUCUCUGAGUAUCUUUCUGUGGCUCUGUCUCCCAAAGAAAACCAACAUCAGGAAUCUGCUUCACCAGGUCCAGAUAGAAUUCCUUUAGACACACCAGCUACUACACCAAUCCCAUCUCCCACCAGAGUGACCACACCCUCGCCUCCUACAGCCAAUCAGAGCCCAGAAUCAGCCAGCCUGCAGAACCACCCCUGGGCUGGAACAGAGCUCCCCCUAAAGGAGGAAGAGCCACACAGUGAAAGAGAGGAGCAGCAGCCACCGUCAGUUGUGAUGUCAGUUGCUCGAGAGGAUGAGGAGGAAGAAUCAGUCAUACCUCCAUCCUCCUUUUUCCCCUCCAAACCAGAGACACCUCCACCACCUCUUCCAGGGCCUGUGAGCCAGGAUCCUCACCUCCCUCCUGCUGCUACCUUCUCUGAAUCUCCCUCAACAGAAGAGAGCAGCUCUAGUAACGGUUUGACUGUCACAGAGACAGAGACAGCAGCCAGACACAUCUCAGAAGGAGAGCUCCUGCUCACUCACAGCCAGAUGGCAGCAGUCAGAGUUCUGGAAGAGGAGGGAGUUCUUCUGCCUAAUUUGCUGACCAGCCUAAACAAUUCCCUGCUUGGAGUCCAGGACAUGGACUACGACCCGCCCAGUGAGGGUCAGGUGAUCAGAGCGCCACUCCUCCCCACCCAUCAUGACCCCAUCCUGUCUCUGUUGGCCAGGAUGGAACGUGGCCCCGUGAGCCAACCACAGCAGCCAGAGAGAUGGUGGGAGGAGGAGAGCAGUGAGGAGAUCAGUGAGGGUCAAAGACCGCCCCUGACCGCUGCAGAGGAAAGUGUGCUGACCGGACGCUCUCUCACAGACCAGCAGAGAUACACAGAGACCAGAAACAUAGAGAUCUCACCCCACGCAACACUCACAUCACCUGGAGAGGUGCUGUCUCAACACACAGGUGCUGUGGCUGAAGAAAGUGGGUUGUUAAUCAACCUAAAGUUGCCAGUGGAACCGAAGGAAGCUGAAGUUUACAAUGAGCUGACUGUCUCCUCCCCUCAUCCAGAGGAAACGGCACAAGAGCAGUACCUACUUAAUCAAUCUGACACAAGCACAGAGACGACACAGACGGUGCGCAGACCUGCGCCAGUUCUGAUGAGGCAGUACCAAGACAAAGUGGAAUCAGAUUUCCCUCAGCAGAGAAGGCUUUCAAAUGACCCCCCAUUUUAUGAGGACAAUGUGGCAGGUGAAGAAAUGUUUCUACACACAGAAGGGAGAGGAAGUGAUGUCAGAGUGAUAUCAGUGAGGCUGCCAUCUGUCAAUCAGGAUCAUGAGUCUUCCAGUGUCAGCUCUGUUGAAGGAGAUACAGACUCUUCGGCUAAUGAUGUGUUUUAAACCGAUGGUCCCUCUUCGCCUGGAAACUGCUAAGUGCCUGAGAAGAUGGAAAUGUUCUUGGCCUUAUAUUAUUUAUUUACAUUAUAGACGCUUAAAAUUGGGUAACAGUGAUUGCAAGAGAUAUAAUGAACUUCUUUUUCUUUAUCUCUUGUAUGACUGUUACAGAACUAAGCAUAUGUACAAAUAAGCAUAUGUGCUUUUGUCUGCGGGAUGACUUUGUUUGUAAUUUUUUAGAUGAAUAAACAUUUUUUAAACAGCGAUCUGUCA